UAGGAAGUGAGCCAAGAAUCUCACAAUGAUUCUGGCACUCUUAGUUAAAAACAAACAAACAAAAAGAGGCUCCAAGAGCAACCUUAGCCUUUAUCCAGUCUCCCCUGCAAAAAUAUAAUUAAAUAAGUAACUGCAGUAUCGUUGUCUCAUUCAGUUGGUCUGCUCUUGUGGGCUGUAGAAAGACUUUGAAGCUCUGUGAAACAAAAUAGGUCAGGUAUGUGGCUCAGGCCACCGAUACUAUAUUUACUUUUUAGAACUCUGUCAUGCAGCUUAGCACUAUACAUAGCCACCUUCGCUCAAGGCAAAAGGCUUCAGUACAGGGGUGCUCUUCCUUUCCAAAAAUGCCUACGAGUUUAAUUAAACUUCUUGAAUAAACCAGUUGGCGGGAGAUACCACCUCAUCAGCUUGUUGACUGCGUGCAAUUCCAAGUGAAGAUGGGUAUCCUGGCUGUCUUAAUUCUCCCACUGCUUGUGGUUGUAAUCAGUGGGAUCGUAUAUAUUUAUCGGACAGUUGUUCAGAUGAUGUCAAAAUCUGCUGUGCGGAGUAAAGUUGUAGUGAUCACUGAUGCUCUGUCUGGUAUGGGCAAGGAAUGCUCACGUGUAUUUCACACAGGUGGAGCCAGGCUAGUUCUCUGUGGUAAACACUUGGACAAGUUAGAAGGUCUCUAUGAUUCUUUAACCAGUGCAGCUGAUCCUACUGCAACAUUUACACCGAAGCUUGUCCUACUAGAUCUUUCUGAUGUAAACUGUAUCCAAGAUGUGGCUAAAGAAAUCUUAGAUUGCUAUGGAUGUGUGGAUAUACUCAUCAACAAUGCUAGCACUAAGUUGAAGGGAACAGUACAGAAUAUCUCACUGGAACUUGACAAAAAGAUUAUGGAUGCCAACUAUUUUGGGCCUAUAACACUCACCAAAGCUCUUAUUCCCAACAUGAUCUCCAGGAGAACCGGUCAAGUUAUAUUAGUCAACAACAUCCAGGGGAAAGUAGGAGUCCCUUUCCGUGCUGCCUAUGCUGCUUCAAAGCAUGCUGCUCUGGGGUUCUUUGACUGCUUGAGGGCAGAGCUGCAGGAGUUUGGUGUUUGUGUCAGUACUGUGACUCCAAGUUUCAUAUGUUCAUACAAUGCUCAGCCACAACCUAGCAACUUGGAAUCCUCCAUAUGGAAAUUUCUUUGCAGAAAACUGGCCUACGGUGUCCACCCAGUUGAAGUGGCAGAUGAAAUUCUGAGAACAGUGAACAGGAAGAAACAAGAAGUGUUCAUGGCAAAUCCUAUUGCAAAGGCAGCUGUUUACAUACGCACAUUCUUUCCAGAGUUAUUUUUUGCUGUUGUGGCUGCAGGAGUUAAAGAAAAACAGAAAAUGGAAGAUGAAAAAUGAUUGCAUCUAGUCCAUCAAUCUUGGCAAUAGGGUUGCCAGAAGCUUUUUAUUUUAUGGGUGGAACUAUUGACAAGCUCAAGGUGGGGAAAGAUGAUAGAGCCCCAGAAGAAAUGGCAAAACAUUUCUGAAGAUUUGGAGGCAGUGGAGUUGGGAAAGUUAUUGCACUCCUGGACUACAAUCCCCAGGGUGUUUUAUGAACCAUCAGAAAUCUUGGGGUGUUGCUUGGUUUCCUAGGAAUUACAGUUAGCAGACAGUUAACAGAAGGUAUAAAUCAGCAAAGAGGAUAUAUGCUCAGUAUGUUGGCUGUUGUGCUCAGAACAGUUAUAGGGAAAGACCUAAAUGUGUGUCUGCAUGUGCCUUCAAGUAUAUAGACCACAGCACCUAGUAUUCAUUGGUGUUCUCCCAGUUCAAGUACUAGGGCUGAUUCUGCUUAGCUUCAAAGCUCAGACAGGAUCUGGUGCCUUUAGGGUAUUUAGGUUCCUCAGAGACCUAUAUAGAUGUGGAUAAAAUGGGGAGACUGAAGUACCAUUAGGAAUUUGAGAAAUGGAGACUGGAGAAGAGAUGGAGUGUCUGGAAUGAGUGUAUGGUGUUUGAUGACAAAGUGUUGUUGGGCUCAAAACAGAGAUGGAGAGAAGAUUCUCAAGGGAAGGAGAAGAGAAGUGGCAUGGAAAUAUAUGAUAUUUUGGUGGUUUAGUGCAGGUAUCCACAUGAUUAUUAUGAGAGUCUCUAGCAUGUUUUUAGCCAGAAUACCUGGGGGGAGCAUUACGUCAGGUAGUGGGAAUGCACCAGGACUUUGGUGGGGGCCAUUUUUCCUUUGCCAACUGGCCAAGAACCAUACACCAAAUGAGGGCAGGAAUUGUGUGAAAUUAUUAUGUUACCCCCCCCCAAACAAUAUUUAUUAUAAUAUUCAUUUUCAUUGUUAUAGGAAAUACUGUUCAUCAUUGCUCCCCAACCAACUCCAAUUGUUUUAUUUUCUUAUAUUUACUUUAUAUUUAUAAUUCUCCCUACCUCAGGAGAUAUUUUUCAGCCACCCCAAUCCACUCAGAGUAAUUUAACUGUAAGUACUUGUUAUUAAGAGCAUUCAUUAAAGGUCAGUUAAUCAGGAGAAUCACAUCACGAACUUUAAAUUCACUUUUAUUUAUUUAUUUUUAAACCUUUUUAAUGACUUCACUCACUUGGCCUUUUAGACUUGGGGCCAAAACAGACUUCAGAAAUAAUCCAGUUUGAGAUUGCUUUAACUGCUCUGGCUGAACGCUAGGGAAUUAUGGGAACUGUAUUUUAGUGAGGCAUUAAGACUUCUUUAGUUUUUUGUGGGUUUUUCAGGCUAUGUGGCCAUGUUCCAGACAUUUCGCCAGCAUCUGUGGCUGGCAUCUUCAGAGACUUCUUUGUUAGAGAACUCUGUUGCCAUAACAAACUACAGUUCCUAAAAUCCCCUAGCACUAAACCAGGGCAGUUAAAGCAGUCUCAAGGUGGAUUAUUUCUGCAGUCUUUUGGCCCUUGGUGACUUUCUAAUGUCUAGUAAGAGAGCUAUAAGAAUUGGAGGUAAAGGAGAGCUUUGAAAAGCCCCCAAAAUGACUUUUAAAAUACAUUUUAAUUUAUUGCAGCAAAACUCAGUUCACUCUAUAAGGAAGCUUUUGUUGUGAUUUGUAGUGGUUUGGUAAUGGUAGUCAGUGGUUUGUUACUAGUUUUAGAUGACAAACCAUGGUGUUGAUUCAGUUUGAUUAUCCGAUGAGAGCAAUAGUAGAAAAUAUAACUCAGUAGGCACAGAGGUCAGAGGUGUCUACUGACAAUGGAAAACUAAUUCACAGACUGGGUCACCCAACCACAAUCAGUGGCUCAAAUUAUGAAGGAAAAGGAAGGAUGCUCCCCAAAUGAAAUCUACAAGGCCCACCUCUUACUUUUAUAAAAAAGGAAACGUAUUAGGUAUAGUGCCUCAUGUAGCCAGUGUGAAGUGGGGAAAAAACACCAUGUUUCAUUAGUAUAAUUUAAAGUGAGGGAAUCCUGUCAAGCUGUACCAUGUUAUGGACAGAAUUCAAAGACAUAGCAUGUCAGAGUGUAGCAUUAUGCAAAGGAGUCCUUGAGACUGAGAAGUUUUUGUAGCAUAAGGUUUCAUAGGCCGUGUUUGCUUUAUCAGAUGCAUGGUGCCUAUGGACACCACAUAUAUGGCAGUGCCUAUGAACAGAUAUUUAUGCGAACAGUAGUUGAAAUGCAAAACCUGUGAGUAUGAUGAUGGGGUGGCAAGCUGAGGUUUAACUAGGGUCUAAAACACACUGGAGAAAUAAUCCAGUUUGAGACCAGUUUAGCUGCCCUGGCUUAAUGCUAGGGAAUUCUGGAACUGUAGUUUUGUGAGACAUUUAGCUUUCUCAAUCAGAGAAUUCUGGUGCCACAAUAAACUAUAGCUCCCAGGAUUCCCUACCACUGAGCCAGGGCAGUUAAACAGUCUGGAUUAUUUCUGCAGUGUGUUUUGGACCUUUGACUGUAGAGAUUAGUUAGGGGACAAAAGUGGGGGAAAGUAUUUUGUAUAAAGCCAAGAGGCAGGAGGUUUUGGACUGUUAUAUGAUACUAGCUUGGACCAAGAAAAGAAACGUGAUAAAUAGGAUAUGAGCGCCUACUUGUGGCUGGGAUGUUAAUUACUGUUAUAAUAUGUACAGUGUGUCAGGGAACCAUUGUCCGACUGCCUAUAGGCUGGAGUUUGGGGAUUAUCCUCCAACGCUUCACAAAUGGAAACUGGGACACAUAUGGCCAAGCAACCGCAGUGUGGUCAAGAUGGCAAAAAUUAUUAAUGAGGGAGAACAUACAAGGAGGGGCUGAUGCAAUUUGCUUUUGUAAACUGACUAAGGAGGGCAAGAUUCUGCCUCCCCUUCCCCUUACUGAAUUAACUGAGUGCAAAUUACUUUUGCCCUUUGAACUCAGUUUGCAGCAGCUGAACUAAGCCAGAGGACAAAAAGGGAAAGUGGGAAGAGAAGAGAGAAACUGGGACGUUUUUAAAAGCAACUGGAGAAGUGAGACAACAAAGAAUUAAUUGGCACUAUCCCUAUCAAAUCAAGAGAGUAUGGAAGGGCGCCCAAAACUUUUUUAAAAAACUAUUUUCCUCUCCUUCCCUUCAAUGGAGGGUCCUAGACAAAGGAAAUUGGCCCAUGGGCUCUCUGAAGUUGCCCAUUUCUGCCACAGGAGAAAGACUUUAAGUACAUAAAUAAUAAAUCCUAUUAUUAUUAUUAUUACAUAUUGAUGCAACAGGAAUCUGAGAGGUGUUGGAACAGACAUGCAUUACAUGUAACGUGAAGGAAAGAGGAGUAAAUGCAUUCUUUAUGGAAAUGUUUACAUGCAUGUGCAAGGAGAGUGGCUUAAGUAAAAGAUGGCUGUUGUUAGGCUUGUUUACUAGAGAAAGUCCAGGUGUUGGUGUCCAAAUGGUAGACAUGAUGAAGGAAUAGUUGUUACCCUUUCUCUAUCCAAGUGAAGGUAUGGGACUAGGGUUGCCAGAGUGAAGGGCUGGAUCUAAGGUUGUCUGUUUUUUUAACAGCUGUACAAAAGAGGGUAAUUCAACUUGUGUUCAACACCUGUUCAAAUUCUCUCUUCAAUGUGGUCAUUAAAGGGGCAGGAAGCAUUGCCAGUUUUCACUCUGGCAACCCUAGAUGGGACAUGCACCUUCAAAACCUUCCCUGACUCCACUGCCUCUUCAUCUACUUCCCCUGGGUUCAUUAGCUACAAAUUAUAGUAGAUAUUGCUACCUUCUGAAAGAAUCUUCCACCUCUUAAGAACACAGUCACAUUCACUACUGUAGGCAAACAUGGAAGAAAACUCUUAUGUACCAUGAUUAAAAUUUGAGAGAAUAUGUUGAUUGUGUUGCCCUUUCUUCUAGAUUUCACAAUCAGCAACCCUGCCCUGAAGAGAGAUAAAUAAAACACUUGUUUCAAUUA